AUGAAGCGCAUGUCGUCGUACGACACGGGGCCAGAGUCCUCAGAGCUGAGCUCGUUCAGCCUCAAGGGCAAGUCAUCAUUGAAGAAGAAGAGUGAGAAGGGCGAUAAGGACGUGAAAGAAAAACACGUAGAACACAGUAGCAGCGACGAGUUUAGUGACGAGAAAGAAACAACAAAAAAAAAUGAACACAAGAAGAAAAAUGAUCACAAGGAUAAAAAAGGCUCGCUGAAUAAUAAUACCCAAAAUAAAAAUGCAAAAGGUGGAAAACAGAAUAAUAAUCAAAAGAGCCCACUAGACAUGUACAAAAGCAAGUUAAAAUUUAUAACAGACAACAUGAUAAUUAUUGGUAUAAUCCUUUCCUUUAUGACUUUAAUAACGUUUAAAUAUUUGGAGGAGAAAUAUUCCAUGGAAAAAUAUUUAGAGGACGGCGACUCAUUUGAUUAUUACGAGGUGUUAAAAUGCAAAAGAGGAGACAGCAUAAAUAAGAUAAAAAAAAAUUACCGAGAUUUAUCAAAAAUGUAUCACCCAGAUAGUAACAAGGAUUGUAAGGAUUGUGAUAAAAAAUUUAGAGACAUUACUAAGGCAUAUAAAACUUUGUCUGAUCCCAGAUUGAAAAAGGCAUAUGAUCAUUCAAAAGGGAAGGUAUUAAAGUUGAUUGAGUCUAACAGUAUAAAUUUGACCAUGAGAAAUUUUAAAGAUUUGGUAGAAAAUUCAAAUGAUUAUUGGAUCAUUCAAAUUUAUUCAGACACAGAUAACCUCAGUUUGAAUUUUUCAAAAAUUUGGGAAGAGGCAUUUGACAAAUAUCAUGAGUACAUAUCCUUUGGACGUAUAAAUGUACUGACUGAUAGAAAAUUGGUGAAGAGUAAAAUACCUUUUAAUGUGAAGAUUUUUCCUACCAUUUUUAUUCUAGCUCCAGAUGGCACCUACCACUUAUAUUCAAACAUCUUUAAUGCUACUUCGAAAGAUUUCCAAUCUUAUAUUAUUAACAAUUAUCCUAACUUGAUAUAUAAUGUGCAAGAUUUUAAUAAGGAAUAUUCUGCCCUGGUGAAGAAAAAUGAAACUGUGAGUAAAAUUGGAUCCUCUCAUAUGGACAAAAAUAAUAAAGUGAUUCUUCUCUCUAACAAAAAUAGGUUAAGUCUUCAAGCAAAACACAUCACCUUCAAAUAUAAACACAUAUACACCACUUACACCAUCCGCUACAACGAAAUUGAACAUUUAACAAAUGAGCCUUUGAAAAAAGAAAUCAUUGACGCGCUCAAAGUGCUUAGUGUGAAAAAGAGUGAGUACAUUAAGGAAAAUGAAAAUAUUGAUUACUUCCUUUUGGUUAAUAAUAAAUCACAAGUGAAAAUUAUUAGAAGAAUUUCCUCCUCCAAUAUUAAAAAUGUAUAUAAAGAUGCCUUGAUGAAAAAUAUGGUUGAAAUUAACGCUAGCAAUGUGGACUCAGUUUGUUCUACUGUCGGGUCAAGACACACUUACUGCUACGUCACCAUCAUAGAUGAUCUCACAAAGGAAGAUACACUAACCACUUUGAAAAAAAUUUAUCAAAAUGUGAAUAAUUCUUAUGCUAGUUUUACGUCCAAGUUGGGGGCCGACGAAGUCGACAGUAGCAUGUUCAUUCAACCCGUGUAUUUACUAAAAUCAAGUAUGACAAAAAAUUUCUUCAAAUUUGUUAACGACAAGUCUAUUAGCACAUAUGACUCCUUCUUUAUGGACUACUCUUCGAAUACCUUCGCCACAGUCAACGAAAUAAAAAAUUUAAGUAACUACUCCCAGAAGAAGGAAGACAUUUCCUUCCUCUCCAAUAUUUACAAAGACAUGGAAAUUUUGACUUUUGAAAAAAUACCUAAGUAUUGCCUGCCCAUGGAAGUUAACUGUCUUUAUAACCCCAAGAAAACAUUGUCCUAUCGACUGUAUAACAUUUUCAAGAGGACCUCCCAAAUGCAGGUUAUCCUUUCCGCCGCCGUGGGCUUCUUCCUCUACCCUUCCUUUAAGCAGUACGGCAAGUUGAGUUACGCCUGCCUGGCCGCCUCCAUGGGUGCCACGCUCCUCGUUACCAACGUCAAGGAUUUUCUGCUCCUCCUCGCCAGUUAG